AUGGCUGAGGUGGCAGAUUCAGGCCCGGUCGAGCCGCAGGCCCGGCAUAUCGUGUAUUGCGGAGUGUGUACUCUGCCUCCCGAGUAUUGCGAGUUUGGAGGAACGGCGAAGAAGUGCGAGGAGUGGCUUAAGGAUCACCAUGAUGACCUUUGGUCUCAGUUAUACGCUGAUGAUGCAUUGAACGCCAACCUCUCCACCCUCUCCGUCUCCGCCCAAGAACGCGCCGCAAAAGACGCCGCAAAGAAAGAAGCCAAAGCCGCCCAGAACGAAGCCCGCGAUGCCGAGCGCAAGGCCGCCUCCAAGAUCCAGAUCAAGCGUGUCGAGCGAAACAAGCGCAAGUACGUCACAGUCAUCAUCGGCCUGGAAAUCUUCGGACUCGAGAACAAGAAGUUGGCCAAGGAGUUGGGCAAGAAGUUUGCAACCGGUUCAUCAGUGACUCGAUCGCCUGCGGGUACGGAGGAAAUUACCGUGCAGGGUGAUGUGAGUGAGGAUGUGAAGGAGUGGUUGCUGGAGAUUUAUGGGAGUAAAGUUCCCGAGUCUAAUAUCGAGUUGAUUGAGGACAAGAAGAAGAAGAAGGCUGAGGCGUAA